UAGCUCCUUCCAUGCUACCGCGGUUGACCCGCCGUCGUUUUUCUCUUUUUUUAGGGUUUGUUGAGCUGUGCCCUCAGCAUAACCUAUUUGUACUCUAUGUUCGUGUGACUGUGUGUGGUGAACUUAUGUAUACCGUUUGGUUGUGGUGGUUUGCUUUAAAGUGGGGCGAAAGCCUUUUUCAGUAACCGUAGACAACUGCAUUGGACACCUACACGUGGCUGGGGCCAAGCAUUAACGCUCGUGGGUUCUCCUCACGAUCAUGGACCUCGGCCGGGUCUAUAUAGGGUACGUAGAAUCCUCGCUCCCCUCUCACACACCAAACACUCCGAGAAAUUCCCCUUUCCUUCAGCCUGCUCACUCAUCGGCCACUCGUAAUCGCAAUGCAAUCCAUCCAUAGCUAGUUUCAUCACCUAAAAGAAAUCUAUAGCUAGUUAGGCAUCCUCCAGGAGAAAAGAAAAAACAGAAGAAAAAAAAGUAGUUAGCCAGUCUCCGCCGAUGGAGUCCGCCACCAUCAGCGGGGCACGGUGGGUGCUGGGCAGGGCGCUGAGCUCGCUCUCCGACGGCCUGGUGGAGGCCUGGGUGGCCAGCUCGGGCCUCGGCCCCAACGUCGAGGCGCUCAAGACGGAGCUCCUCUACGCGCAGGCCAUGCUCGACAACGCCCGCGACAGGGAGAUCCGCAGCCACGCGCUCGUUCUGCUGCUGCAGAGGCUGCGCGCCCUGGCGUACGGCGCCGACGACGUGCUCGACGAGCUCGACUACUUCCGCAUCCAGGACGAGCUCGACGGCACCUUCGAGACCGCCGACCACGACGACCGCGGGUGCGUCCAUAACCUUGUCCGCGAUGCUCGGCAUACGGCCAAAGCUGCCGCCAAGCUGCUUGGGUGUGGCUCGUGCUCAUCUGCUGCUGCAGGUGACACUUACAAACCUGAUGAGUCAUGCAUGUGCGUGCGCCGGCUCGCUUCCCGUACUCGUACCACCGUGCACGACUUCGGUAAUCGACUCCUCUGCUCUUCUUCUCUAUCUGUUCAUGAAGAUGAUGAUAGUGACGAUAGUGAUGAUAGCAAGCAUGCCCCUAGAGUACCAAAGCUGAAAUUUGAUAGGGUGGACGUCUCUGUCAGAAUGAAAUGCAUCGCGGACGAACUAAAGCCCCUGUGUGCUAAGGUCUCCACCAUUCUUGGCCUAGAACUGUCGGGCUCUGUCAGUACCGAGCUACGAUUACUGCGUUCUAGUGGUAUUGGCAAUGUUGCCUCUACAGGUAGACCCAUAACCACCUCACAAGCUUUAGAGCCUACGUUGUAUGGGAGGGAACCCCAGAAGAACACAAUUAUUGAGCAUAUUACAAACGAUGAAUACAUUCAUAAAAAACUCACGGUCAUCCCUAUAGUGGGUCCUGGGGGCAUAGGAAAGACAACUCUAACUCAAUACAUAUAUAACAACAAAGAAGUGCAAGACCAUUUCAAAAUUCGAGUUUGGGUAUGUGUAUCUCUUGACUUUAGUGUGCAUAAGUUGACACAAGAGAUUGUGAGCUCCAUCCCUAAAGCCGAAGACGAAAAAGAGAAAGCAGAUAGUGAGGUGCAUAACUUGGACCAACUUCAGAAAUUAAUUGAAAAAAGACUCAAAAAUAGAAGAUUUUUACUUGUUUUGGAUGAUAUAUGGAAAUAUGGUAAUGAAGACGACUGGAAAAGAUUUUUAGUUCCCUUUCAGAAAGAGCAAGGAAACGGUGACACAAUUCUGGUCACAACUAGAUUCCUUGAGGUAGCUGAAAUGGUAAAGCAAAGAGAUAAACCAGUACAUCUAGAAGGUUUGGAACCGAAAGAAUAUUGGACCCUUUUUCUAGCAUGUGUUUUUGGUGACACUAAUCAACGAAAUAAUGAUGACAACUUAAUUGAAAUCGGGGAAAAAAUUGUGGAAAAAUUGAAGGGUUCUCCUCUUGCAGCAAAAACCGUGGGUAGAUUGCUGAGAAAUAACAUAUCUGUAGAUCACUGGACAAGAGUUCUUGAAAGCAAAGAAUGGGAAUCACAGACCAAUGAGCACGAUAUUAUGCCUGCAAUGAAAGUUAGCUAUGACUACCUACCUUUUCACCUGCAACAAUGCUUUUCCCCAUGUGCAUUAUUUCCGGAAGAUUACAAGUUUGAUAGUGAGGAGCUGAUUCACUUUUGGAUAGGACUUGACAUUAUACAUCCAGAUAAUAGAAUCAAAAGAAUUGAAGAUAUUGGGCGGAACAACUUGAAUGACUUAGUUAAUUAUGGAUUUUUCAAAAUAGGAACAGGUGAUUCAGGUAAACACUAUGUUAUUCAUGACCUGCUGCAUGAUUUAGCAUUGAAGGUUUCCUCACAAGAGUGUCUACAUAUAUCUUCCUCUAGCCCAAGAGCUGUAGAAAUUGCACCAUCUGUUUACCACUUGUCCAUUAGUAUGAGUGAUCCAUCCAAUAGUGAGGAUGGAAUUGUCAAAGAAAAUUUUAUGAAAGAACUGAAUAAAACAAGAAAGAUACUGAAAACUGAGAACCUACGCACUUUGAUGUUGUUUGGAGAUUACAAUGCAAGCUUUGUUCGCAUAUUCAGUGAUCUAUUCAAAGAUGCAAAAUCUUUGCGUGUUGUCUAUUUGUCAACAAUGUUCUACCAUGUGGAAUUUCUAUUGCACAACUUUUCGGAUCUUGUCCAUCUCCGCUACCUACGGCUUGUGUCAAAGUAUUAUAGUAAAAAACAGGUACCAAAGAGUAUACCAAGAUUUUAUCAGUUAAGGGUGCUAGACAUAAGUGACUGGGAGGGUGUUCAUAGUUUGCACGAAGAAAUGGGUAACCUUGUAAAAUUGCGCCAUUUCCUUGUCCCAUCGUAUGAAUUCCAUUCGAAUAUUUGUAAUGUGGGAAAACUAGAGAACUUACAAGAGCUAAAGAGAUUUAAAGUUAAGCAAGAAAGUAAUGGGUUUGAAUUAAUGGAGCUGGGGAAACUAGAAGAGAUAGGAGGAUCACUUCACAUUUGCAAUCUUGAAAAUGCACUAGUAAAUGAAGCGCAUGAGGCAAAACUCUUACGCAAAAACUGCUUGCAGCGAUUAACACUCAGUUGGAAGAAAGGCCGGUCAAAUACGAGUCCUGACGAAGAAGAUCAAUUACUUGAGAGGCUACGGCCACAUAGCAAUCUUCAUGAGCUAUGCAUUGAUGGGCAUGGAGGCUCUACUUGCCCUACAUGGCUGGGCAAAAAUCUGUUGACCAAAGGUCUGGAGGCUCUCUGCCUAGACAGCGUAGCUUGGAAACACCUUCCACCCCUUGGAGAGUUAUAUGUGAUUGGUCAAUCUGUAGAAGAGCGUGAGUCUGGAGAAGAGUUUUCCAGUUGCAUCACAGGCCCAUGCUUUCGUAACUUAAAAAGGCUAGAACUAAUUGGGUUGCCAAGAUUAAGAAGAUGGGUAGCAAAUGAAGUUUGCCCUUGGUACUUCUCACUUAUAGAGGUACUCAUUGUGAAGGAUUGCCCUGAACUAACUGAGUUACCAUUUUCAUCUUAUACUAGUUGUUACCCCUUGGAAACAGAUUCAUGUGUGACUUGGUUUCCUAGGCUAAAUGAGCUUAAAAUUGAGGAUUGCCGAAACCUGUUGUCACUGCCUCCUAUUCCUUAUAGUGACGCUUUGUGCUCUGUUACACUGACACGUGUGGGAAGAGGUCUGGAGGAGUUACGUUAUUCAAGCAAAACAUAUCACUCUUUGAGCAUAGAAGGAAAUGGUGAUAUGCAUAGCUUAGAUGAAACGGUUUUGGCAUUCCAUAAUUUAACCCAACUACAAAUACUGUGUAUCAAAAAUUGCCCACCUCUGGCUGAAAAACACCUUCAAAUGCUAACCAUGUUGGAGACCCUGGAAAUAAAUGGUUCUAGCAAUUUAUUCCUGCCGUUAGCAAGAAGUGACACCAUAUGGCAGCUUCCAGUUACCAGUUUAAAAUUAUGGAGGUGCAAUUUUAGUGGGAAGGAAGUGACAUGCCUACUCACUCAUCUCCCUGAGCUCUUGGCUUGAAUAUAUGGGGAAGUGAGAAGAUAACACGGUUGAAUGUGGAGGCCGAGCAUCAACAAACGGCAACAUCGCAUUCACUGCCAUCUUCUUCAGCUGCUAUUGAAUUGCAGGAUACACAUGGAACAGAUGAGCAACUAGAAAGAGUGCAGGAGGUGGAGGAAGAGGGAGUAGCAUCAUUAGAGGAGGUUGUUGUAGAACAAGAAGAAGACGAUGAUGGGCUGCUGCUCCUACCGGCCCAUCUCUCCCGCUCUCUCAGGGAGUUGAUCUUGAAGGGCUGUCGAGAGCUUAUUCUGGCUGCCAAGAACCACGAGACAGGAGUAGGAGGUCUGCAAGCCAUGCACUCCCUCAAGAAAAUAAUAAUAGAAGGUUGCCCCAAGUUCCUGUCCGAUCUCUCUUCCUGUUGCCCUUUCCCAUCCUCCCUGCAACGCCUCUUCCUUGAAGAUCCUAUGGGAAACAUGGACACGCUAGUGCUUCUCUCGAACCUCGCCUCUGUCGAGAACUUAUGCAUUAAUUGUUUGGGUGAGGAUUUAAGAUGUGAGGGCCUGUUGCAUCUUCUUACACAGGGCCAGCUCACCGCAUUACAAGUCCGCGGCACCCCCAAAUUCUUUGCUGAUUGGGAUCCCGCACGGGAGCUGCAGGGCGAGCAGCUGCUUCCUUUCCCAAAACUGCAGGAACUCGAGACGGAUGAAGUGGCAGGAGUCCUUACCGCGCCCAUCUGCCGCCUCCUCUCUUCCUCCCUCACCAAAUUAUCUUUUGAACACAACAAAGAGGUGGAGUGCUUCACCAAGGAGCAAGAGGAGGCCCUUUCCCUCCUCAGGUCCCUCCAGGACCUCCAAUUCCAGUGGUGUCCUAAGCUGCGGCGCCUCCCAGCAGGGCUAAACAAGCUCACCAACCUCAAGAAAUUAUUGAUCUGGAGACCUGGAGCCAUCCUGUCGCUGCCAAAGAAUGGCCUCCCUGGCUCGCUGCAAGAGUUAGUUGUCGACGAUUGCAUCAAGCUGCGGUGUCUCCCAGCAGGGCUACACAAGCUCACCAACCUCAAGAGAUUACAGAUCAGGCUGUGUCCAGCCAUCAGGUCGCUGCCCGAGAAUGGCCUCCCCGACUCGCUGCAAGAGUUAGAUGUCAGAUGUCUCCUCAACAAAAAGCUAACACAGGAAUGAAGGCGGUUAAUGGGGACCAUCCCAUUGAUCAGGCUAUAGACUAAUCCAAGGGUUUCUUGGGAGUUGUACAUUCUUCUAGCCUUGUAGGAUUCUCUCCAUCCAUGCAUACUUUACAUACGAGAAGGUCUCCGGGUGGUAUCUUCUUCCUGUUCCAAUAUGGUGAUUUUUUUUGCUUGUUCUCUUAGCCUCUAGACUAGAUACUUCGCAUUUACUCUUCCUUCAUGACUUCUGAAGACUUGGUGCUCUAGUUGUCAGGCUCGCAUGCCAAUUGCUGCUGAUGUUACUGUAAGAAAAUGCCAUGCGGACUUGGUUAUACUUUGUACUCCAACAGAUGUGAAUGCUAGUCUUGUUACCGGCUUUCCGCUUAGUUUGGUUCAUGCUUAUCUAGCACUCCACAAGAAGCAACAAAGGUUAUGGACCAGUCUGCAAUGGAUCUCAAGUUUGUUGACGCCUGCAAGGCAAGCAAGCUGUAGGAAUAUGCCAUUUGUCUUGAACCUGAGAUUGUAAGAGCUGCAUUGGCAUUGGGUGAUUGUCAGUUGGUGAAUGCCAGAACAAGGAUGCAAUUUACUUGGAAGAUAUCUACCAAGAUAAUUCGCCACGCAGCAAAUUAGCUCAACUAUUUGCAGCAACGAAGCGAAGAAGCAAUAAAAAGGCUUCCAUUUCGCAAAAGAAGUGCUUUCCAACUAUCAGCUGCCCUAAGGUUAGGAAAUAACUGAAGAACAGAAUGCGGAGAUGAAGUUAGUAAAAGAAUGCUGGGUCAAGGAAUGGUACAACAUUUUCUCACUUUAUUCAAAUGUGAGUUUACAUUGGAUCGUGCAUAUAAUUUAUUUGGUCACAUUCUAGCCCUCACAGUUUCAUUGCUUCGAUGAUAUUUGGUGACCUAGGUUGCUAUUUUUUUCAAUGUCUCCUGAUCAAAACCCCAAGAGUUGAGUGAAGUAAGUUGGUGUUACCUAGAUUGAUUUAGACUAUUAUUUUGUCCCACCAGAGCCAUACAUAUAACAAAACUGAACCAUCAUUUGUGCAAUCUAAAUAUUUGGUGAGCUUUGUUAACUCUGUAUCCAUCUAGUCAGAAGCUCUUGAAAGCCAGUCAUUCUCCUUCUUUCCUUCCAUUGCUACCCUCUCUGACACUUUUCAUUGCAGUUCGUACAGUGCAAUCUUGCAUACUUUGUCUGUGUAUCCGUUCACCUUGUAUAAGCCACUUCUUCCUGAUGUGUCAUACUGCUCAUUCACACAAUUCUUUCGGAGAAAAUAGUAAUGGAAAAAAGGAAAAAAGAGUAUUGGCAAUAUAGAGCCCAAAGAGAGAAAAAAAAAAAGGAAAAGAAGUGCUGGCAAUCACGAGGAAAAAAAUAAGAAAAAAGGAGUGCUGGCAAUCAAAAUUUAAGGGGCUCUGUUUUUCCAUCGAGUGGGAGGAGUCAAUUAGAGCAUACUUCCAUAUCCUUCUGCAGUCAUCAGCUGAUGCCCGCUCUCGACGAGGUAUCCAUAUCCGAUAAUAGUUCUAGAGCUCACCUUGUGCCGCUCAGAACAUUCUCUUCCUUUUGAUCAGCUGAUGUCCACUCUCCAUGUGGUAUACAGAUCACCUUCUGUUACUCGGAUAAUUCUUUUUUCCUUUUCACGUCUUCUCAGCUAUAACAUCAUUCUUCCUAUGACUGGCAUGACAAGGCUUCACUGUACUAGUUUCGGAUACUUAUUUAACUUUGCAAUAACUGAAAUUUAGAUUUGCUUACUCCAUUUACCCCACCAAACCACACAUAAGCCUCCACAUAUGCAUAUAGUAGUAUAUUUUAGUGGUAGGGAGAUCAUGGCCAACGGCCAGUGAGGAGCCAUAGACGUGUGAUUGAGAGAGAUUCUAGACCAUGAUGAGUAACUCCAUACUGAAAAGCUCACUCUUGGGACAACUUUUAGCACUUGUGCUUAAUAAAGGAGAUCAAAGCCGGACAGCAACCUAGGUUUACCUUGUUCAUAGUGCUGAAGUCAAGCAAUCUACUGACUUUAUUGUUAAACAAACUAAAGAGAAAAGUAUGUUUUUGGUCCCUCAAGUUCCCACAAAGUAUAGACUUGGUCCCUCAAGAUUUUUUGGUAUACAUUUGGUCCCUCAAGUCUCAAAACCGGAUAAGUUUGGUCCGAAACCAGAUUUUGAGCACGUUGACCGGUUUUGACCGCCACAAAACCGCCUGAUGAACAGUAAUUUAAAAAGAAACUUCAAAAAAAUCUGAAAUUUUUUGGGGUCGAAUAUGCUUACAUGCGCAAGAUGGGAACAAAAUUUCGGGCUCUUUCAGCACUCGAGGAGCUCGUGGCAAAAAAACAAAAAUAUCUGCCUAAUGAAUAAUAAAUUAAAAAUAUCAAAACAAAAUCAAAAAUUCUGAAAUUUUUUGGGGUCCAAUAUGCUUACGUGCGCAAGGUGCGACCAAAAUUUUGUCAUGAAAUGACAUCGGACGGGCUCUAGUAAAAUUUUGUCAUUUUUUGAAGUUUUUUUUUUAAUAUAGUAUUCAUCGAGCGGUUUUGUGGCGGUCAAACCCGGUCAACGUGCUCAAAAUCUGGUUUAGGAUCAAACUUAUCCGGUUUUGAGAAUUGAGGGACCAAAUGUAUAUCAAAAAAUCUUAAGGAACCAAGUCUAUACUUUGUGGAAACUUGAGGGACCAAAAACAUACUUUUCUCCAAACUAAAUGAUGCACGGCUGUAAGGGCAUUAGGAUGCGACCAUGUAAAUUUGUGCAUUAUCUGUUGUAAGCUUGCAGAUUUACAAAGCUCGAGAACAACCAAAGACUACCUUCCGUCGCCUGCUCCGCUUCGUCAAAUCAGUUGCAUCUUAUGGAAAGUGUUAAAGUUUCACUUCACGAUAGAGGAAGCCAUACAUCCAGAAUCGUGGGAGAAGAAUAAUCGAACCAUAUUGAUGAGAAUUCCUCUUGCACCA